AAACGAUGCUGCUGCUAACAACUGCCUCUCGAUAAUAUCCAGAACCUAAACUUACACUGGGCAUGUUGAGCCCUGGUGUGAAAUAGCGUUACUUUAGUGAAAGUGCAGGAGACCAGCUUUGUCCCUCAGAAAGGGGACAGCAGAGUCAUGGCAACUGCUCAGUCAGCCGUAACGUUUGCGGUUUGCAUCCUCAUGAUAACAGAACUGAUCCUUGCCAAGAAGGACUACUAUGAUAUACUGGGUGUGCCUAAAGAUGCUAGUGGGCGUCAGAUAAAAAAGGCUUUCCACAAGCUUGCAAUGAAAUAUCACCCAGAUAAGAAUAAUAGCCCGGAUGCUGAAGUGAAAUUCAGGGAAAUUGCUGAAGCUUAUGAAACUUUAUCAGAUGAAACCAGAAGAAGAGAGUAUGACCAGUUUGGUGGCAGCUCUGCAUACUUCACUGGGGAGACACAAGACAGACGUCGACAAGGUGCUCAACAACCUUUCAACUUCAACUUUGACAACAUAUUCAAGGACUUUGACAUCUACAGCCAGAACAGGCAAGCCCGUCACCGAAGAAACUUUGAGGAACACACCAGGUCCUACAAGGAGACCCACAGCAGACACAAGAGACACUUUCAAGGAGGUUUCGGAGCAGGUAUCUUUGAUGACGUGUUUGACGAUAUAGAGAGGAUGUUUACUUUCGACAGACACACAAAACAGACUGAAAGCAGGUUUCAUGGUGCAUCAAAACAACACUGUAGAACAGUGACACAGCGCAGAGGAAAUAUGGUGACCACAUACACAGACUGCACUGCGUCGUAAGAUGCAACAUAAAAUGAAUUUCAACUAAAAAUUGCCUUAAGAGGAUACAAUACUGUUGUACUGAUUUAUGUUACAGAAGGCCACCAGUUCAAAUGCUAUGAAAUUUGAACGCUGAAAUUGUGAGUUGACAUGCCAGCACAGAAUAGCAGGCAGUGAAUAUUGUUUACUUAGCGUAGGUCUAAACUCAAAUAAGCUAUUCUUUGGUCAAGCUAUUCACUGUGUGUGCGCAUGGACUUUUAAAUGAUUGUUGUAGUUUUUUCACUUAUUGUUGAAGAAAGCUGUUGACAGUAUGUUUUUAAAGAACCUCCUUUUCAUAGUGGAAUAUGAAAACAUAGUUCAUUUGGCUGUGUGGAGAAAUAAAGCACUCCUGGUUUAUUUUGAGCAGAAAUACUCUUGUCAGUUAAUCACUCGCUCACCAAAAACCCUCUGAUGUUUCGUGCAGUUUUUUAGUUUCUUUUGUGUAGGUUUUGCCUAUUGUGGGUCUGAAAACAUAGCUGAAGGCAGAAACAAUAGCAGCAUGUGGAGUUUUGCUUAUGGUUGUCAAAUGGGGAGCAAUGCCAACAAGAAUCUGACCCUGAACCUGUUGGCCUGUUAUACUGAUGUUUUUGAGUUUGCAGAACAUCCUUCUGUACUCUACACUCCAUCAUACAUUUUGGCAUUUGUGAUUAGAUUAUUAUAAAUGAAAUUAAAUCAGAAUAUAUAAGUAAGAAAGAGGUAUAAGGGAAUGUAAAUGGAAAAUCUUAGUGACUCAGAUUUUAGUGGGAGUGGCACUGAUUACAGAAAUGGCCUGAAAAGCACAGCACCAGCCCUGCAUUAAAUCACCAAAAUGUGUAUUCUAUUGUAUCAGAGAAGUCUUGAUUCAACUUUUUUUGCAUUUUAGAGGCUGUAUUUUGGUGCUGUAUACUUUUAUCCUGACAAAAUAUUAGGUACAACUCUGAACUAUCAGACAUUUAUCUAACAGAACACCAGGGCACAUUGAAGCCUCAAGCCUCAUUGUAGUUAAAUCAGCACCCCUCUGAGACAGACUCAACACAAACUGAACAUCAUAAGUUUUACAAAGGUGUUACAAGGUUAUUGCUAUUUGAUUGCAUUGUACUUUGGACAGAACUGCAAUUGGAUCACAUUUUAUGUGGCCUACGCUCGAUUGUCAGACCUCCUACAUGUUAAGAAAAAUGCUGCAAAUCACCAUUCAACCUGAAAUGACCCAUGUCUCUCAAUCUAAAUUAAAAUAGUUUUUAAUUAAGUAUUUACUUUGUUAAAACUGUAAGAAUAUCGAGGCCACCUUAAGUACAAUAAAGUCACAAGCAUUUCUGAUUGAAUCCUACCAGUUAUUUAAUUAUACUUUCUAAAUGCAGGUUAUUUACUAUAGGCCUACAAUUAAACUGCUUGAAAGUUAACCAAAAAUCUGUAAAUUAAAAAAAAUUAAACUUUUGACUGCCAUGUCAGACGUAAUACAAAGACCGCUCUAUGUGUAACCCAACUUGCAGUAGACCAUUUGAACCUUAAUCUGACUACAGAAUGUACUAGGGGUUUCAAAACUGUAUAUUUUACCUGUGUCAAAAAAAAAAAAGUUGUUAUUUUUUUAAUGGAAGGACUGUUAUGUGCAGAAUGAUAAAUACAGCAGCCCAUUUUUAAUUUCAAUUAGCCUUUGACUGUGUUAAAUACUUUACAUAGUAUUUCUUUGAAUUAAGGUUAAGUGUAAGAAUAAUGCCAUACUACAAAGCUUACACAAUAUUCUACAGUAUGUCUCCUACUUUGUAUAAUUUGUAUACUUAAAUAAAAUUAUCGCAGCUCAUCACUUUGGCUCUGUCAGUUUGGUGAGGGCUGCUCCCCACAGUGUUGAUGAGUUGGUGAAACUCCUAGUACAUACUAAGAAGAUGAGACAUUUUUCCUCACAUAUCAUCUGUUACUUCAUUCCUGACAAAUAGUUACUGUGACAUGCUCCUU